AUGGCUGUUCAUCCAUUCUUGCCUGGCCUUGCCGUCGAAAUCAUCGUCAACGACGAUCCACUUCCCGGGUACGACGACGAUAGCGAUGAUCCCGCGUCGCCGACGACGGUCACAAAAUACGUCGAGGCGACAUCUGGAGUAAAUUUUGCGAUCAAAGUCUCUAUCACCAAAGGAUAUCCCUUCCCAGUCGGUGACAUCAAAGCAGAGAUCAGCCUCGAUGGGCUAGUUGUGGCACACAAGGUAAUCCUCGAAGCAGAGUUCUUUGGGGAGUAUCUGUUUAUGGGACGUCGUACCCAGAUCGGUAGGCACCCAAAGAUACAGAAGUUCUGCUUUGCCGAAUUAGAAAUUGUUGAAGGUAGCAUGUCCCUCCCUGAUCUGGCCUCGAUUGGCACCAUCACUGUGGGCUUUACGGACAUACCCAAACUCAUCGAGCUGGAUGCUUUACGGAUCCUAGGUCUCAUUCCACGUGAACCAACCCCACUACCUCUGGAAGAGCGGCCUGAAGAGGAGCUCACUCCGGAUGAGCUACGCCAACUCGUCAAGCAAUUCAAGGAUCGCGACACAGCUGCAGCCAAGGUGAAGAAAGAAGCCGUCGACAAGCGCAAGCGGGUCGAUGAGGCUAUCGAAUCCAGCAAUAGCGAGGAGGUCAUCGUUGUAAGGUCUAGAGAUGGGAAUCGUCGCCGUGGUGCGAAUGACGAGGUUAUUGUACUGGACUAG